AUGAAUCGAACCAAGUACACUGAGCAUCGAACCGUCACAACCAAGUUCGUCAAGACGCUCACCAAGCAUUCCCCAGAAUCCAAUGUCGUAGCCCCCAAAAUCGUACGGAUUUCCUUCACCGAUGGCGACGCCACCGACUCCUCCGGCGACGAGGCCGAAGAACGAAUCGUCGUGAAGCGCACGAUCAACGAAAUCAGAAUCGAAGAGUGCAGUGCUUCGAGGCUCUUCUCCAAGCCUAAGGCUCCGAGGUGCAGAGCAAAUGACGAAAGCAACAAUGUUUCGCCGAACGGGAAGAAGUUCCGAGGGGUACGGCAGAGGCCGUGGGGGAGAUGGGCGGCGGAGAUCCGAAACCCGACUAGUCGGGCCCGGGUCUGGCUCGGAACGUUCGACACGGCGGAGGAGGCCGGUUUGGCGUACGACAGAGCCGCCAUUGCGUUUAAAGGACAUCUGGCCUUCACCAAUUUCAUCAAGCCACCAGAAAUCGCCGUACCGGCCACUCCGGACUAUGACUGCAAACCGAUUUCUUGGGAAACGUCGCCCAACGUUGCGGUGAUGGGCGAGUGCGAUCACAGUCUUCGUUCGCCGACCUCUGUUUUGAGCCCCGGUGAGGCCGAAAUCGAGUGGAGACCGGUCGGGAUUUCGGAGCGAGAUGAUUUCGGGGCGUUUGAGUCCGAGUUUUUGCUGAACGAUUGUUUUGAACCGGAGGCUCCCGCGCCGAUAUUUUUCGACGAAAUGAGAGUCGUACCGGAAAUGCUGUUAAAAGAUGAAGAUUUCUCCGAUUUGUCGCUCGAUUUCCGGUCGUGUAAGUGGGAUGACGUGGAGGAUUACUUCGAAGGUGCUUGUGAUGAAAGCGGUGCGCUUUGA